ACAGACAUAAUUGACCACAGUUUUGCAGUAGAAUGGAUGCAGGACUUCGAGACUUUUCAGGAUGCCCUGAAUCAAGAGACAUCCUAUGUCAGCAACCUGACUCGUUCUAUGAGCUUAGUGUUGGAUGAAUUUUACAGUUCUCUAAAGGUGGUUGGUGUUUCUGCUGUGCUGGGCACAGGACUGGAUGAUUUUUUUGUUCAGCUUUCUAAAGCUGUAGAUGAAUAUGAGAGAGAAUAUCGUCCAGAAUAUGAGCGCCUGAGAAAAACACUGGAGAAGGCUCAAGAUAAACAGAAGAGAGAGCAGCUGGAACACUUGUGGAAGGACAUGGGCAGCGUGUGUGUGCAGGGCAACACACUUACAGGGUCUGAUGAUGCUUCUGCAAUGGGUCCCUCUGAGCUGAUCCUAACACGAGGAGCUCUUGAUGAAGAAGAAGAAGAGAGGGAGAGUGAUACUGAUGAUAUUGAUCAUGAAGUUACUGAGGAAAGUCAUGAGGAACCAGCCUUCAGAAACUUUAUGCAAGAGGCACGGAUGAAAUACCAGAGGAGCAAUCCAAACAAAUGUGACCUUCAGAAAUAGAGGGUUUGGAAUCCCUUGUAAUGGAGAUAAAAGUAAAGGAACAGCAUAAA